AACUCCACUGCAAUUGCCAUUCCAGGUAGACAUUACUAUCAGAGACACAUAUAGCACUUAACCCACCCUGGUUUACCGAGGAGGAAGCCGAAAGGGAAGGAGGCGGCAACUACAUUUGCUGUAAAGAAAACCUGGGCCACCUGGAUAGCUGAGACACCUGUUUGAGCUUCACUGGAGAAUGUAGCUGCAGCCCCCUAGUCAACACGCAGGAAACCGGCCACCAUGGGAGAAGCUCAAAAGGGCUUACUCUCUGUCAUUGAGAAACUGAAGGGAACCACAGAGCAGGAGGUCAGGAUAGUGCUCCUGGGGCUGGACAACGCCGGCAAGACCACCUUGCUCAAGAGCCUCGCCUCCGAGGAUGUGAACACUAUCACGCCAACACAGGGCUUCAACAUCAAGAGUGUCGCCUCUCAUGGCAUGAAACUCAACGUGUGGGACAUCGGAGGGCAGCGGAAGAUCAGGCCUUUCUGGAAAAAGUACUUGGAAAACACAGACCUGUUGAUUUAUGUUAUUGACAGUGCAGACAAGAAGAGGUUUGAAGAGACGGGACUGGAGCUGUCUGAGCUCACUGAUGAGGAGAACCUGAAGGGUGUUCCAGUGCUCGUCUUUGCCAACAAGCAGGAUCUGGCCACAGCAUCACCAGCCAGUGAGAUCGCAGAGGGACUCAAUCUACAUACGUACCGGGACCGUGAGUGGCAGAUUCAGGCCUGCUCAGCGGUGUCUGGGGAGGGAGUUCAGGAUGGCAUGAAUUGGAUUUGCAACAACAUCGUGAACAAGAAGAAGUGAACCAGUGUCCGCGCUGACCAGAGUCAAACUGAGAACCAGCAUCUCAUCCUGCUCUUCUCAUAGAUCCCACUGUUUUUACAAUUUGUGUCGGUUUUAUGGACAUUUUUGCAAAUGUAGCUCAUUUAAAUGUCAUGUUUUAGCACCAGUAGGCGAAUUAAGGGUUAAUUAUUGUUCGGCCCUUGUCCAGAGGGUCUUUGUGUGGUGAGUCUGUGUGCUUUUGUAUAAAAACAUCCAUGUUUAGCCAUGUAGAAGAGCUCGGGGUUUUGUCAUUUCUAUAAUAGACAGCAGUCCAGUGUGAGUGUAAAGUAUGUGUUUUGAGGUUUUUGUCAUUAAAAUGAUCAUUCAUUC